UAUUAUAUUUCUUUGUAAUAAAUAUUAAAAAAUUGUAAUCUUAUAAUUUAUAUUCUACAGACCCGCAACUUUUCUUUGGUGCGUCUCCACCCACUCCCCCUCCGCCCCCCCCCCCCGCAUCACGACUGUCUGCCGUCAACAGUUGACAAACGGUAGCAGCAUCCGAGACACGCCAGCGCGACCGCGAGGAAUCAUUCAAUCACUGGUCACUAAUUCGUUAAGUAGCAACUGAUAAUCGUGCUCAGCGGAACGUGCCGAAAAAAUGUCAGGACGCAAGACACAAGGAAAAAAAAUAAAGAAGACGGAAAGAGAUUUAGAUGCCGAGUUAGAUAAAGAAAUACAGGAGGGAAUGAGAGGAAUAGAGAUAGAUGAGAACGUGAUAGAGAAAGGGGAAGAGACAGAGGAAGAGAUAGAGGAGGAGGAAGAGGAGGAAGAAGAGAAAAAAAAACAAAAAGAAAAAGAGAGGAGGACGUUUGCUGAAAGAAAGAAACGUGAUGUAAGUACAUGCUUUUAUAAUUAGUAGUAAUAUAAUAUUUUUCGGCAUAUUAUAGCAGCUCUUUGAUGUUUUACACAUUAAGAUAUAUAAUAUAUUUUUUUUUUCUGUUUGAUUUAGAUAUGGAAAACCACGUGGAUAUAAGUGGGGAGGAGGAUGGACAGGAGGGUGGAAAGAAGUAUCGAGAGGAGGAUGGAGAGGAGGGUGGAGAGGAGAGUCGAGAGGAGGAUGGAGAGGAGGGUGGAGAGGAGAGUCGAGAGGAGGAUGGAUGAGAGGAGGGUGGAGAGGAGAGUCGAGAGGAGGAU